AUGGCGAUUGAACACCGACAUCAAAUUUCAAUUGAAGAUUUCAACUUACUGACCCUCUUGACUAUAAAAUUGAUUAUUUUUUAUUUAUUUAAAUAAAAAAAAAUUAAUAAUUAUUUUUAAUAAAAUUGAUUAAGUGUAAUCGGAAAAGGAUCUUACGGCAAAGUUCUUCUUGUCCGUAAGCGGGACACACAACAAGUCUAUGCAAUGAAAAUUCUAAAAAAGAAACACUUGGCUGCCAAAAAUCAAAUCGAACACACAAGAACUGAGAGAAGUAUUUUGGAAAGGAUAAGGCACCCAUAUAUUGUUAAGCUUUGUUAUGCCUUUCAAAAUGCCCAAAAACUUUAUUUUGUGCUUGACUAUUGCCCAGGCGGUGAACUUUUUUUUCAUUUAAAUCAUGCUAACUCUUCCUCUGGCAGACAAAAAAACCAUUGAAAAAUCCCUGUUUUUUGGGUAAAUAACCUAAGCAAACAAAAAAUUUUUGACAAUUAUUAUAUAAAAUCUCGAGCUAACUCUGUAGAAUUUGCAUUCUAAAACAUAAUUUUUACAAAUUAAACAAAAUUUUUUGUUCAAUCACGGAGAAAAGUGGGGUUAAGCGAUUUGAUGAAGAGCGGGCAAGAUUUUACGCAGGUUGCAUAAUUCUUGCUCUCGAACACUUACACAAGAAUGACAUUGUAUAUAGAGAGUAAUUUCUAUUUAGUUUAAAGCCUGAAAAUGUACUGAUAGAUGCCGAAGGGUUUGCAAAGAUAACAGACUUCGGACUUUCUAACUCCCCCCCUCCGUGAGUGAACAAAAAAAUUUUUUUCACUCACGGAGACGGGCUAAUUAUUUUUUUAAAACAAUUUAUAUAAAUUUUAUAGAAAAUAUUUUUUUUUGUUGGAAAUUUAAAAAAAUCCUAAUUCGCAAAUUUAAUUUAUAAAAUUUAUGUUUUAAAAAGCAUUUUAUUAAAAAUUAAACAGAAUUAGCUCGACUUUUCAUUGUACCAAUUAUCACUUAUAUAUCAAAUUUUUUUUCCAUUAAAAAACAUUUUUGUUCAAUCACGGGGAGAGUAAAAGAAAAUAUCGUGGACAACACAUCAGCUAGAACUUUUUGUGGGACUCCAGAGUACUUGGCUCCAGAAAUUUUAUUGAGGCAAGGGCACGGCCAAGCUGUAGAUUGGUGAAGCUUGGGUUGCAUUAUUUAUGAAAUGCUGACCGGGCUGCCUCCUUUUUAUAUGAAUCAUCGACCCGAAAUGAGAAGAAAAAUUUUAUCUGAAGAAAUUAAGUACAGUCCCACUAUGUCUGCAGAAGUAAAAGAUCUUUUGCAAGGAUUAUUGCAAAAAGAUCCAGAACAAAGACUUGGGUCAGGAGAUUUAGGCGCUGAUGAGAUUAAAACUCAUCCAUGGUUUACAACUUUGGAUUGGUUCCUUUUAGAAAACAAAUUAAUUCAACCGCCCUUUGUGCCAAAUGUAUGUGGGCCUGCAGAUAUAUACAAUCCUGUAUGAAAAACAAUAUUUUUUGGGGAAAGUAAUAUAUGGUUUAAUAAAUUUGUAAUAGUAUAAAAUAUUUCAGCAGAGAAUUCACGAAUUCCCCAGCGAGGGAUAGUGUUUGUUUUGAUUCAACUGCCCAAACUGGAGCGUGUAGUCCAACUUAUGAUGGAUUUUCGUUCACAGCAAGUCCUCCAAGCCAGAACCCUUUAAUGCAAAUUGAAGAAAACUCAAACUCUGAUGAAUAUAUAUUCCAAAUGAGCUAA